AUGGUACCCACAACAAGUGGAGAAGUAGCAACAAAGGAAGAAACCACAACUGAGACGAUCACAUCUACAAAGCCACCUAAAGUAGUCACCACUGGUGAAGAAACAACAGGGCCAGUUGGCAUUACUUCCAAUCCCACGACUUCAACAACAACGACAAAGGCACCCACCACAAAUGCAGAGGAAAUUACACCUACCACAGGUGGAACUACAACAGUUGAAGAAACCACAACGGAGACUAUUCCAUCUACAUCCACAAAGCCACCUAAAGAAUUCACCACUGGCCCAACAACCACUUCCACCACUGUAAUUGUUGAAACCUCUACCUCAACACCACAGCCCACAUCAACAGGUGAAGAAACAACAGGACCAGUUGGCAUUACUUCCAAUCCCACGACUUCAACGACAACAACUGCGGAGGUAAUUACACCUACCACAGGUGGAACUACAAAAGUUGAAGAAAACACAACGGAGACUAGUCCAUCUACAUCCACAAAGCCACCUAAAGAAUUCACCACUGGCCCAACAACCACUUCCACCACUGUAAUUGUUGAAACCUCUACCUCAACACCUCAGCCCACAUCAACAGGUGAAGAAACAACAGGGCCAGUUGGCAUUACUUCCAAUCCCACGACUUCAACCACAACAACUGCAGAGGUAAUUACACCUACCACAAGUGGAACGACAAAAGUUGAAGAAAACACAACGGAGACUAUUCCAUCUACAUCCACAAAGCCACCUAAAGAAUUCACCACUGGCCCAACAACCACUUCCACCACUGUAAUUGUUGAAACCUCUACCUCAACACCACAGCCCACAUCAACAGGUGAAAAAACAACAGGGCCAGUUGGCAUUACUUCCAAUCCCACGACUUCAACCACAACAACUGCAGAGGUAAUUACACCUACCACAGGUGGAACUACAACAGUUGAAGAAACCACAACGGAGACUAUUCCAUCUACAUCCACAAAGCCACCUAAAGAAUUCACCACUGGCCCAACAACCACUUCCACCACUGUAAUGGUUGAAACCUCUACCUCAACACCACAGCCCACAUCAACAGGUGAAGAAACAACAGGGCCAGUUGGCAUUACUUCCAAUCCCACGACUUCAACCACAACAACUGCAGAGGUAAUUACACCUACCACAGGUGGAACUACAACAGUUGAAGAAACCACAACGGAGACUAUUCCAUCUACAUCCACAAAGCCACCUAAAGAAUUCACCACUGGCCCAACAACCACUUCCACCACUGUAAUUGUUGAAACCUCUACCUCAACACCACAGCCCACAUCAACAGGUGAAGAAACAACAGGGCCAGUUGGCAUUACUUCCAAUCCCACGACUUCAACAACAACGACAAAGGCACCCACCACAAAUGCAGAGGAAAUUACACCUACCACAGGUGGAACUACAACAGUUGAAGAAACCACAACGGAGACUAUUCCAUCUACAUCCACAAAGCCACCUAAAGAAUUCACCACUGGCCCAACAACCACUUCCACCACUGUAAUUGUUGAAACCUCUACCUCAACACCACAGCCCACAUCAACAGGUGAAGAAACAACAGGACCAGUUGGCAUUACUUCCAAUCCCACGACUUCAACGACAACAACUGCGGAGGUAAUUACACCUACCACAGGUGGAACUACAAAAGUUGAAGAAAACACAACGGAGACUAUUCCAUCUACAUCCACAAAGCCACCUAAAGAAUUCACCACUGGCCCAACAACCACUUCCACCACUGUAAUUGUUGAAACCUCUACCUCAACACCACAGCCCACAUCAACAGGUGAAGAAACAACAGGGCCAGUUGGCAUUACUUCCAAUCCCACGACUUCAACCACAACAACUGCAGAGGUAAUUACACCUACCACAGGUGGAACGACAAAAGUUGAAGAAAACACAACAGAGACUAUUCCAUCUACAUCCACAAAGCCACCUAAAGAAUUCACCACUGGCCCAACAACCACUUCCACCACUGUAAUUGUUGAAACCUCUACCUCAACACCACAGCCCACAUCAACAGGUGAAAAAACAACAGGGCCAGUUGGCAUUACUUCCAAUCCCACGACUUCAACCACAACAACUGCAGAGGUAAUUACACCUACCACAGGUGGAACUACAACAGUUGAAGAAACCACAACGGAGACUAUUCCAUCUACAUCCACAAAGCCACCUAAAGAAUUCACCACUGGCCCAACAACCACUUCCACCACUGUAAUGGUUGAAACCUCUACCUCAACACCACAGCCCACAUCAACAGGUGAAGAAACAACAGGGCCAGUUGGCAUUACUUCCAAUCCCACGACUUCAACGACAACAACUGCGGAGGUAAUUACACCUACCACAGGUGGAACUACAACAGUUGAAGAAACCACAACUGAGACUAUUCCAUCUACAUCCACAAAGCCACCUAAAGAAUUCACCACUGGCCCAACAACCACUUCCACCACUGUAAUUGUUGAAACCUCUACCUCAACACCACAGCCCACAUCAACAGGUGAAGAAACAACAGGGCCAGUUGGCAUUACUUCCAAUCCCACGACUUCAACCACAACAACUGCAGAGUCUAUUCCAUCUACAUCCACAAAGCCACCUAAAGAAUUCACCACUGGCCCAACAACCACUUCCACCACUGUAAUUGUUGAAACCUCUACCUCAACACCACAGCCCACAUCAACAGGUGAAGAAACAACAGGACCAGUUGGCAUUACUUCCAAUCCCACGACUUCAACGACAACAACUGCGGAGGUAAUUACACCUACCACAGGUGGAACUACAAAAGUUGAAGAAAACACAACGGAGACUAUUCCAUCUACAUCCACAAAGCCACCUAAAGGAUUCACCACUGGCCCAACAACCACUUCCACCACUGUAAUUGUUGAAACCUCUACCUCAACACCACAGCCCACAUCAACAGGUGAAGAAACAACAGGGCCAGUUGGCAUUACUUCCAAUCCCACGACUUCAACCACAACAACUGCAGAGGUAAUUACACCUACCACAGGUGGAACUACAACAGUUGAAGAAACCACAACGGAGACUAUUCCAUCUACAUCCACAAAGCCACCUAAAGAAUUCACCACUGGCCCAACAACCACUUCCACCACUGUAAUUGUUGAAACCUCUACCUCAACACCACAGCCCACAUCAACAGGUGAAGAAACAACAGGGCCAGUUGGCAUUACUUCCAAUCCCACGACUUCAACAACAACGACAAAGGCACCCACCACAAAUGCAGAGGAAAUUACACCUACCACAGGUGGAACUACAACAGUUGAAGAAACCACAACGGAGACUAUUCCAUCUACAUCCACAAAGCCACCUAAAGAAUUCACCACUGGCCCAACAACCACUUCCACCACUGUAAUUGUUGAAACCUCUACCUCAACACCACAGCCCACAUCAACAGGUGAAGAAACAACAGGACCAGUUGGCAUUACUUCCAAUCCCACGACUUCAACGACAACAACUGCGGAGGUAAUUACACCUACCACAGGUGGAACUACAAAAGUUGAAGAAAACACAACGGAGACUAUUCCAUCUACAUCCACAAAGCCACCUAAAGAAUUCACCACUGGCCCAACAACCACUUCCACCACUGUAAUUGUUGAAACCUCUACCUCAACACCUCAGCCCACAUCAACAGGUGAAGAAACAACAGGGCCAGUUGGCAUUACUUCCAAUCCCACGACUUCAACCACAACAACUGCAGAGGUAAUUACACCUACCACAAGUGGAACGACAAAAGUUGAAGAAAACACAACGGAGACUAUUCCAUCUACAUCCACAAAGCCACCUAAAGAAUUCACCACUGGCCCAACAACCACUUCCACCACUGUGAAGAAACAACAGGACCAGUUGGCAUUACUUCCAAUCCCACGACUUUCAACGACAACAACUGCGGAGGUAAUUACACCUACCACAGGUGGAACUACAAAAGUUGAAGAAAACACAACGGAGACUAGUCCAUCUACAUCCACAAAGCCACCUAAAGAAUUCACCACUGGCCCAACAACCACUUCCACCACUGUAAUUGUUGAAACCUCUACCUCAACACCUCAGCCCACAUCAACAGGUGAAGAAACAACAGGGCCAGUUGGCAUUACUUCCAAUCCCACGACUUCAACCACAACAACUGCAGAGGUAAUUACACCUACCACAGGUGGAACUACAACAGUUGAAGAAAACACAACAGAGACUAUUCCAUCUACAUCCACAAAGCCACCUAAAGAAUUCACCACUGGCCCAACAACCACUUCCACCACUGUAAUUGUUGAAACCUCUACCUCAACACCACAGCCCACAUCAACAGGUGAAAAAACAACAGGGCCAGUUGGCAUUACUUCCAAUCCCACGACUUCAACCACAACAACUGCAGAGGUAAUUACACCUACCACAGGUGGAACUACAACAGUUGAAGAAACCACAACGGAGACUAUUCCAUCUACAUCCACAAAGCCACCUAAAGAAUUCACCACUGGCCCAACAACCACUUCCACCACUGUAAUUGUUGAAACCUCUACCUCAACACCACAGCCCACAUCAACAGGUGAAGAAACAACAGGGCCAGUUGGCAUUACUUCCAAUCCCACGACUUCAACGACAACAACUGCGGAGGUAAUUACACCUACCACAGGUGGAACUACAACAGUUGAAGAAACCACAACUGAGACUAUUCCAUCUACAUCCACAAAGCCACCUAAAGAAUUCACCACUGGCCCAACAACCACUUCCACCACUGUAAUUGUUGAAACCUCUACCUCAACACCACAGCCCACAUCAACAGGUGAAGAAACAACAGGGCCAGUUGGCAUUACUUCCAAUCCCCGACUUCAACCACAACAACUGCAGAGGUAA